CUCGCAUCCAGUACACCUCCGAAGAGAUAUCUGCCCCUGGCAAGCAGAUUGGAACUUGGGGCAGUUUUACCAAUCUUCAAUCCGGCGACAUCGAGGCGGCUGGAGGCAAAAUAAGCGGCUAUCGGUGGCGGAAAUUACAGGCAAUAGAGAUUCCAUAGAACGAGGUUUGGGGGAUUCAUUAGCAUUGUGGAUAGAAGAUCUUGGAACAGUACAACCAUCAUUGUAUCACAAGGUUGGCAUGAAGAAGGAUUUAUUGAGUUUAAUAAUGCGUUACUGAAUCAACAGAAGGUACUGAAUAUGAAUUGCGUGAGGAACCGCUUUGAAGAUUUCGGGACUAGUGCAGAUUUUUUUGUUUCAGUCGAUUCUUCUGCAGGGAACUACGAAUCUAUUUCAUCCAUUCUUUUCAAAGAAGAUUUGAAUAAUUUGGGAAGGGAAUUGGGAGUGAUAGUUCAAGAAGAAGUUGGGGUUAUUGAGGAGGCUGUCAUUGAAAAUGUUCACGAUGAGGAGGGAGUUAUUGAAAUUAUUCCUCUCCAGGUCUCUUCUGUUGAAGCCAAAGAGAUAGACAUGACAGAUAUUCUCGAAACUACUCCUCUCCGAGUUUAUUCUUCGCCUCACAAUAAUGCACCUCUACUAGUG